AAAUGAUCAAUUUAUUAAACCCAAUCUAUCUUUCCCCAAAUAAGUCAUCUUCUUCCCCACGCUUCCUUCCCCAAUUCACUGAACGAUCCCCAAUCUCCAUUUUCGCCGGCGUCGUUUCUCAUCUCAAGUCACCUUCUCAUCCUGGAAGAUUCUCCACCGCCACUCACUUCAUCACAGGUUCUUCAGUCUUUCCAGCUCCACGAAGCCGAAAUGAACCGCCCCAUCGCCUCCGCCACCGCCCCUUUGGCGUCUCCCCCUCCCAUUAAAUUCAGCUCCCUCCACCGCCUAACCCUCCACAAUCCCCUCACAUUGAAUCACCAAAUCCUAAAGAAACGAUGCACCACAUCAACACCAACCCUCACUAAAUUCAGCACCACUUCUUACCUCUCCGCACAAUUUGAAGAAUUCUCCGGUAGCGACUGGGAAUUCGGUGACGAAGAAAUCAUUGAUGCCGCCGAUGACGACGAGGGCUGUCCGUGGGAAGGCGCGGUUCUGUACAGAAGAAACGGCGCCGUAUCGCAUUUGGAGUACGGCACCACUCUUGAGAGCUUGGGCCUAGCAAAGGUCUCUUCGGACCUGUCCAAAACUCGGGCUUUCGAAAUGGGCUUGCGGCUGGUGAAGCCCGUGGCGGAUUUUCCGGAUGGGACGCCGGUUUUGAUCUCGGCGGAUGUGACGCGGAGGAAGCAGAAGCUGAGGCUGGACGGAAUCGUUCGAACCGUCAUUGCUCUCAAUUGCAAUAGGUGUGGCGAGCCAGCUGCGCAGAGCGUCUACUCAAACUUCACGCUUCUACUGUGUGAAGAGCCCAUAGCCGAACCGGAGACCAUAAACAUGGGUAUGAUAUUCGGGGAAGAGAAGUUCAAAACUUUUGAAACAGGGGAUGAUGAUGAUGCCUCAGUCGACAUAGACGAUCAGCUGCAUUUUCCUCCAGAAGAGAAAGUCAUCGACAUCUCAAAGAACAUACGAGACCUCAUACACGUUGAGAUCACCAUUAGCGCCGUCUGCGAUCCUAACUGCAGAGGUUUAUGUCUGAAAUGUGGAGCCAAUCUCAACAACAGCAAGUGCUCAUGUAAGCAGCACAAGGCUGAGGAGAAAGCUCAUGGACCCCUUGGAAAUUUAAGAAAACAAAUGCAGCAAACAUGAAAUUUGUUAUUUUGCUUCUUCUCUCUUUUAUGUUUAGUGUCAUUAUUAUUUGAAUAUAAUUCAAUUUUUAUAUGAAAACACUAUACUCAAAUUGGACAUGACCAGUAUAUAUUUGCUAUGUGGGAUCGCUUGGAUUUGCUGUUUCAAAAUCGAUACAUUUGUGUUUCUGA